AUAUAAACUUUUAAUUUCAGAUCAUAUGAUUGGGCUUAGCUCACCUCAGUUCUUGGAUCAUCUUGAGAGUAAUAGUGGGGUGUAUUUGUAUUGCUCUCACAUCACCGCUCGUUUUCUACAAGCAUCUAUCAGACACCGACCUCUUGACCCAUAUGUUAGACCACUUCCACCUGAAGAGCCAGUAAAAAUCACUGUACCUAAUGUAGCUGAAGAAGCAAGUCACCAACUUUGUGUUACUUUGAUACCUGCAGGACAUUGUCCUGGUUCUGUUAUGUUUUUAUUUGAAGGACGAGGUGGGACUGUUCUGUACACAGGUGAUUUUCGUACCAGUGUGGGUGAUGUUGAAAGAAUACGAGCUUUACACAAUGCAGAUGGGACUGUGAAAACUGUUGAUUCAUUGCACAUAGAUACAACUUUCUGCCAUCGGGAUAUAUUACAUUUUCCAACACGAGAAGAAAGCUGCUCUGCUAUAGGUGAUCUUGUUGAAGACUGGUUGGCAAGGGGAAACAAUUACCUCCUACAUCUUGUUUGUCCAGCAAAAUAUGGGUAUGAGUACGUGUACAAAAGUCUCCAUGAGCGAUUUGGUAUGCGUAUACAUGUCAGCCGUUGGAAGUAUCGGAUGUAUGACACUGUACCUGAAAUUCAAGAUGCUCUAACUCCUGAUGCUACUGAAACUUGGAUACAUGCAUGUGAUUGGAGGAUGAAUGAAAUAGAAGAAGGAGAAGAUCAAACUGAUAGACAACUUCCGUGCCGAUGUGUACCGUUUGGCGUUGACACUGCACCCAGCAUACGUGUCAUUAGACCCUCCGCAAUGUUUUAUACAUUUUAUCAAUCAGCAAAGGAGAUUAAACAGGUCAACCGUGAUGGUACAUUUUGCCGGGUGUUGCUGUCAAUGCAUGCAUCUUGUUCAGAAGUGUUGGAUCUUGUUAGUUAUUUGCGGCCUCGUAAAGUGUACCCAAAUGUCAUUCCUAUGAAUUCAUCACGAGAGGAGGUCUUGAAAUUGCUUCAUGAAGCCUUGAAUCGAUCUGGAGAUCAUUAUAGCAUUGAAUAUGGAGGUACCCAACGUCGAAGCAUGGGCUCUUUUAAAAGGCAAUUGCAGAGCAAUGAGAGUAAUAGUAGCACCUUAGAAGCAGCAAUGUUGGAUGGCUUUUUGACAUCACCAAGUAAACGGAGAAGGCAUAGUGACUCUAAUAUGACAUUGGUUCUUCCUACUCCAAGAGGGAAUAUGAAAGGUUCCCUUAGUCUGGAGGGAGAAGCCCGUUGUGAAGCAUUGGAAGGCGCAAUGCCAAAUAGUGGUGCUGGAACUUCAGGGAAUGAGGCACCUCAGGGAUCACCAGGAACAAAACUAGAAUGGGUAGAUCCCUAUACUCCUUCUCCUGUAUCUAUGUCUCAUUGUAAAUAUGAAAACACUCCUGAGUCUAGUCAAGAUGACCAACAAAGUGAUAGACUGUCUAAUAUUGCCAAAGUUAACCUCAUGAACAAAUUUGACACUUCUAGUUCAAUUGAAACAGUUAGUGAUAGUGGAGGCAGGAAUGUGAUAGUGAAAAUGUCUCACACUAGUUGUGGUAAAAUGAUGAGUACUGGUUCAGGUAGUAGAACGAGUGGGGAUUCAUAUAGGGGUGGUUUUAAUUCACAGCAGAUGUCUGUGGAUGCAGAGGAUGAUGGUGAUACACAUUCACUCUCUAGUUUCAAUAAAACUCAUGGAAGUCAGGAUAGCAUUGAUUUGGUUAGUGUUUUUUCAGAUGAUACAAGAGAGAGUACAUUGAUAGUUGAUGACAGGCCUGCAUCUUCAGCAGGUGUUGCUGGGGAGAGUGCAAUAAAACGCAGCCGCAAAAUGUGGUAUAAGCACAAGUAUUUCUCUACUCCAGUUCAUGAGGAAGGAGAUAAACGUAUGAAAGUUGAACCAAAGCCUACUUUUGGACCACGUUCAUCAUCAUUGCCCCUACCUGAACCUGACCGUGAAGGCAUAGUCUCUCCUGACUUAUUUCCUAGUCCUGAGACUGAUCGCAGUCUUCCUUUGAUUACUGUGUCUUCACCAUCAGACCAAGCCAGUGAAUCUCAAGUAUCAGAUGAAACAAAUGUGACUGUUGUACUUAGUGGGAGCUCUGGAGAGCCAUCAGACCUGGAUGUUAUGUUAGUAGAUGAACUGCCUCCAGAUCAGCCAACCUGCAGUGAGUUGAAUCAACAUACAAGCCCAACUGCCUCUCGACCCUCUGUCAUUUGUGGCCCACCACUUCCUACGUCACCUCAGGAACGUGAUUUUAUCCCAACCGCUGAUUCUAGAACACACAUCUCUAUUUCUUCACCUAGUGACUCUUCUGGUAUAGAUUCUGCUGGGUCAAGUAGUAGUAGCAGUGUACCCCCUUUGAAGUCUCCAGUGACAACAAGCUCUCCAGGAGUUGUGGAUUUGGUGAGUGAUAGUGAUUGCACUCCUGAUUUAGAGGAUUUGUUAAUACGCACACCUCAGGUCAGUGGAAUGACAGUAAAGACACCGGACUAUACAGAGAGGUCAUCUUGUUUGAAAACUACUCGCCGCAGAGACAAUGAAGUGGAAGUAGUUACCUUGGAUCAGCAACGUUUUUGUAAAUAAUGUAUAUAUUUGUUUAUGACAAGUCAGGGUUGCUUGAUCAGUUAUUCAGGACCUCAUAGUACCUCUUAUGUCAGGCACUGUUGAAGCUGAUGCACUUAGAAGCAGAGAGUUGGCUUAAACCUUUGUAGUUAUGUCUUGUUUCAAAUAGAUGAUGUAGGUGCUGUCUCAAAUCAACAUUAAAAUCUCAAGUUUCCCUUUCCCUGAUUUAAAAGAAUGGGCUGAACUAAAGGUAGGAUUAUUUCAAAAUUGAUGGUAAAAGGCUAGUGUUUAAUGUACCUGUGCAUUAUACAAACUUUUAUUUGAAGUGCUUGUUACUGGCUGAAGUAAUUUUUGCAUAUGGAGUAAGGUUUGCACUUCUGAAAGUAAAAUACAAGAAUUUAGUAAAUCCUCUUCAAAUUGGGAGUUUGCCUUUUGAGAUUAAAUAGAUUUAUUGGAUGUUGAAAUCUCUAGAUUCAUUUAAUGUGAUGAUAAUACAUCUUAUGUUUUUACCAGUGUAAUAUUUUGGAAAUCAGAAAGUUAGGAUUGUUACCAAUAACGUUUGACUGGAAAAUUGGUGGAUACUUGGAUGCAUUCCACACCAGCUUAGUUUUUCAUAACUCCAAGAUUGCUGUUUAAUGUUGUAUCUUUGUUGGUUUCCCCCUUAUGCUUGCUGUCUGUUGAAAAUUUUUAUUAUUUUUAUGAAGAUAAUUUAGGAUCAGCAUGAGAAGGAUAUACUCAAGUUAGCGCAAAUGUUUGUUUUACAGAGUGUAAUGCAAUUAUUUGCCCAGAGCUAUAUAUAUAUACUUGUGCUUACAUUCCCUAAUGUAUUCCAUUAAUUGUCUAACUUAUAGGACUAAAUUGGAUACUUUCCACAGUGAAUUACUGUGAAUUAUUAGUCAGUUAUCAUCUUAAUAAUAUGUAGUACCUAAAAUAGUUAAAAAUCUUGCAUACUUGAGCAAGAUUUUCUGUCAUUUAGGAUGAGGAUUUCACAUCAUACUUCUUUAUUAAGUUUUGUAAUUGAUUUACAAAGUUUUGCAUGUUUUAGCUGCUGACAUUAAUGUAAGAUUUUUUAUACUCAUUAGGUAUGCAACUUACUUUUGUCUUGUUAACAGAACUUCUUAUUGAGUUAAAAGUGAAUUCUAUCUAAAUAAAAGGAAAUCAGCAUCAUCUCUUACCCAGAAUUGAAGAGUUAUCUAUAAUAAGUUCAUUUAUUUUGAUCAGGUGAUUUUGCCAUGUGAGCUGUUUAUUCACUUAGUGGAUAAGUCAUGGGUUGGUAGUCUAUGGUGUGAGUCAUAACUGGUGUUCCUUCCCAAGUUGGUUAUGUGAUGUUUUUGUACUUGAAGGUACUUGAAACUCUUUUCAAUAUUUUUGUACGGAAUGCAUUUAUUGAUCAUUGAUAUUUGGUCUUAUAAAAUAUUUUUCCUUAGAUUUUGUGAUAUUUUUCAAUGUUUUGCUCUCUGUAUGUCUGGUGUUGCUUGAUGAACAAGGAAGUUUACAUCUGAAAGUGCUUGAAACAGUAUAAGAAAUAAAAUUUUGUUCUUUAUUGCAUGGAUUAGGGCAGCUGUGAAUGUGUUUAAAGGAUGAGAGAGAGAGAGAGAGUGUGUUUUUGAGACUUAAGUUCUUUAUCCCUGUCAUGUGAUACUAUUUUAAAAGUUUAAGACAGUUAUACCAAAUAUGGUUGAAUAAAUUGGAAGUUUUAUCUGCCACUGCAAUGAAAUGUAUACUUGAUAUACAUUUCAUUGUUUUAUAUGUUACUUACUCCAUUAAAAUGCCAUGUUAUUUGUUAUAAAAUGUUUUUAAUGAUUAGUUUUAUGUUGACCAAGUAUAAUGGAUAUUUAUUGUUGUCAUCUGAUUUUCAGUUUGUGUUCAGAGAAAAAUUAAAAUGAUUGGUAUAUAUGUGAAAGAUUUUAAUUUUUAACUAUUAGAUUACAAUUUUUAUUAUAUUACAAUUUUUACAUUUUUUUUUACAGAUUUUAAAAUACCUUUUCUUUUGGAUUGUAAGAUUGAGUAUUUUUAAUUUGUUGAUUCAUGUGUAGAGAAGUACAAGACUAGUGUCAGUGAAAAUUGUGAUACAUUUUACCAAUCUACAUUGACUGCA